CGGAAUUUCCCGCGCUACGGUGCGGUCGCCAUAUUGAAAAGUUUACGGUCAGUUAUGAAGAAUUUUUAAGUUGCUGUUUUUUUAUCAAAUCCGAAUGAUCCGCUUAGCGCAAAUGGGUGUGUCAAAGUGCAUUAUCUUCUUGCUCACCACCCACCUGAUGUGCUAUGUCACCGCCCAAGAAGUGGUGAGAAGGGUGCCUCAAGGAUUCCUGGGCAUGAGAGGCAAGAAAUACAACGAGUAUGCCGAAUCAGAGUUCUACAAGCGGAAACCCCAGUUCUUUGUCGGUGUCAAAGGCAAGAAGAAUUACGAUCCGCCUUCCGAAAUGGAUAUUAAAAGAGCACCCAUGGGCUUCGUUGGUAUGAGAGGCAAGAAAGAAGAUUACCCUGACAUCAAAGACAGUAUUAAUAUAAAUCAACUUUCCGAAAUGGAUUUUAAAAGAGCACCCAUGGGCUUUGUCGGUAUGAGAGGCAAGAAAGAAGGUUACCCAGAUUUUAGAAGCAGCAAUGAAUUGAGCGAAUUUUCUGACAUGGAUUAUAAACGAGCACCGAUGGGCUUUGUUGGUAUGAGAGGCAAGAAAGAAGAUUACCCAGAUUUAAAAAGCAUUAACAAUUUAAAUCAUUUUACGGAUAUUGAUUAUAAAAGAGCACCAAUGGGCUUUGUAGGUAUGAGAGGCAAGAAAGAAAGCUACCCAGAUUUCAAAAGUGAUAAUGACUUAGAGCGAUUAUUUGAUAUGGAUUACAAAAGGGCACCGAUGGGUUUUGUUGGUAUGAGAGGCAAGAAAGAAACUUAUCCAGAAUUCAGUAGUAACAAUCGCUUGAAUCCGUUUUUGGAAAUGGAUUAUAAGAGAGCACCGAUGGGGUUUGUAGGUAUGAGAGGCAAGAAAGAAUAUUACCCAGACUCGAUUGCUUCGGACGGCUAUAUACCAAAGAAGUCCGGUUCUCUGAUCGGCCAGAUAGAUUACACAGCCGAAGAUGAAACGUUGAACGCUGAAGAAUAUCCGAUCUUGAACGAAGUUAUUAAUGAAUAUCUUAAUAAGUUGCGAUUGAAUUUGAAUAAUGAAGCAUCCACUGUGUCUCCCGAGGUUUCUGCUGAAAGGAUGAACGAUGUAGAAAAACGGGCGAAUCUACGCAAAUUCUACGGCGUCAGAGGAAAGAAGUCUGUGCAAGUGAAAAGGCCUUACGACGUCUCGUUUCGGGGCAAAUUCAUCGGCGUCCGGGGCAAGAAGGAUUUGAAAAACUCGGGGGCGCAGGAGAUCAAGUUUUUAUUGCCCCGUCCCUGGCCGAAAAGACGGGGCCAGGGGUUCCUGGGAAUGCGGGGCAAAAAGUGGACCGACGAUGAUACCGUUUUAGAUCCAGAACAAAGCAGUGAAGUUGUGAUUCCGAACUAAGUCUUAGAAGCUACUUCUAUCUACAGAUAUUCCGCGUCACCUACCUACCUACAUACAUACAUAAAAUGCAAAACAACUAAUGUAAGCGAUCACUGAGUACUUACCUAAGUAUAAAUUAAGUUCUGUAAUCUUAUUAUUUGACUAUUUGUAGACACUGAUGAGUCCUGCGCUGAUAUUUUGUAAAAAGUAAACAAUUAUUGCAUUUUAUACAUCUACUUAGAUUUCGAUGAAUACCUACCUACUGAAACAAUCCCAAUUGAGGGAAAAGAGAAAAUACCUAAUUUUAAUUAAUCUUCCUUUCUGAAAGAGGGUUUGUUAUUUAUUGUAACUCAUCAUAAUUAAAUUUUAAUAAUACGUUUUGAGCAGAAAACAGUAUUGUUCUCAUAGUCUCGAUUCUUUGUCAGUAGCUUUUUCUUCUCUUCUUCUUUUAAUUUAGUGAAUCUUUUUUUUAAAUUUCGGAAGGGGUCAAUUCAUACGGCUAUUAUUUAAAAUCAGCCUUGAUAAUAAUUUGCAUGUGCUUUUUGCCAUUUUCUAUUAGGUACCUAGUUCAAAUUACCUAAAUUUAUAUGACCAGUUAUUAAUUAUUUAAAUAUUAGUACAGGUAUUAUUCUUUUGCUGUAAAUUAUUUAUUACCUAAAUUAGUAUAUUUGUAAUAAUAUAUUUUAUUACUGGUAAUACCUAGAUACAUAUAAUAAUUUAUAAAUCUCAAGGCUUAUUAUAAUAGCGUUCUUUGAGUUUCUACAGGAUAUACUUAGUUUUUAAUGUAUGUAAGACUUUUUAUCAGUAUUAAAUACCUAAGUACACUAAUUAUAUAUUUUUUUAUCCAGAUAAACAAUUUAGUAAAAACGAUGUCAUUUACUUAUAUGUUUUUAUGAGUUAGUACUUUAGUAAGUUAAACAUAAUAUAGGGCCUUUUAUUUUAAGUGGUUCAACCCACGUCUUGAAGGUGGUUAAUAAUAGCAGUAAAAUUAGAACGUGUAUUAAAAUACAUACCUAUUUUAAAUUAUUUACAGAUAAAUUGGUUGGUGGUUUAUUUAUUUAUCAUAUUAAGUGUAUAAGGUGUCAAAUAAACGGUUACAUUGCAUGCCGGUAAUGUGUAUUAAAUUAUUUAGGAAUCACACGCCCGCCAUCUGUUAUUAAACUCUUGAACUUAUUUAGAACCUUUCAUAAAUAUAUAAGGCCAAUUCCUGGGCACGGAACCUCCGUCCGUUUUUACGGAAGGAGAAGACCCUCACAUCUAAAUCCAAUAGUGGACGGUAUCCAAACAAUUUGUCUGUCUACUUUUACUUUAUCGCUCUUUUUAUGUGACACCAACAAAGGAUUAACCAAACCUAUCAAACUAUUGUUCUAUUUUGUAAGAGAAAUAAUAUGUAUUUAAAUUAGCAUAAACAGUACUUAUAUCAGCUUAAUACAAUCCCAGUUCUACUCACAUGCUUAUUUAAGGUCGGCGCAUAUGUAGCGAAAUUGUUACUAUCAAUUUAUUAAUGACUUUAAAUAAAGUUGAAAAGUUAUGAACUUUUAGAUAUAAAAUCUUAUGAAAUGACGACCGUCACGACAUUAGUUCCAGUUUUGGCCACUGUAUCAGAAAAAGUUAGUGCAUUACUACUGUGUCAAUUUUUAUUUAAAUUAGUAGGUAUGUACUUAUUUAUUAAAGCUUUCUUCGGCCAAGGGAGUAUUAUCGCCACGAACCAUUUCGGUGUUUCGGUCUGAAACGCAUUUCAAUGUUAGUAACUACUUAUCUAAUAACAUUAUUAUGUAACUUGAUAAUAACAAAUGCACUAUGUUACGUCAGAUAUGCCCUGACCUUUAAAAUAGUAAUUGAUUAAUACCUACCUCGGUAGAACUAAUCAAUUAAUUAAAAAAAGAGUUACUCUUCUCGUAGGUUACGUUAAAACUUAUCAUAAAAAAAAUUAUAAUUUAUAUACCUACAUAUUUACCUAGAUUAUGAAUUUAUUAACGAAUAUAUUUAAUAUUAAAUGUUAAAAAUGUUAGAAAGAACUCUAUAAAAAUGUACUUUUAGCUAUAAUUCUCCAUCUCUUGAUGUUAAUAAAGUAACGAUAAUGUCCUCACAUUUUGUUAAGGCUGGCAAAAUGUUGUAAUAGUGUAUGAUAAACACCGAACAGUGGACAAAAUAUAAGCAAUUGUCAAUUUUAA